GCGGAUUUCUUUUAUUCCGUGAGUGGACAACAGUAUUUCAUCGCUCUUGAUUCCUUCAGUAAGUGGCCGGAAGUGUUCCGAAUGGAACGCACAACAAUUGGCGCACUGCGAAGACUUUCCGCCCAUCAUGGAAUGCCAGAGACCCAGGUUACUGACAGUGGCGCUCGUUUCACAUCUUUGCGGUUCGCUAGAACGGUAUCACACACCUACACUCGUCGUCGUUCCACUCGCAGUCUAAUGGGCAAGCUGGGCGCUUUGUUGAUACCUUUAAACGGACAUUGCUGAAGAUGACGAAGGAAGGAACUACUCAAGAGAUACUGUACAGAUCAACUACGAACCCCAGGUACCAAAUCAGCUGUCCCUAGCAGAAGCGCUGUUGGGUAGAUAACUUCGUACUCUGAAUCCCUUGCUGCUUCGGAAGCGUAUUGCCCCAGUCUGCGACCUGUUCAUCCUGCUUACACGUUCUCGCACUAUGCUGCGUACUCCAUUUGAUGAUGACGAACCCGGUUCCUUCGGUUCGACCGGAACUGGCCACUGGGAUUCAAGCACAGCGCGACUCGGGAUAGAAACCUCCAAUGAGUCUUUCAGCAUAAACUCUCAAAUUUUCGACAGUCGCGCCCGCGCACAAGCCAGUCAACAGCGAGCUCUCGCAAGCAUCGCCAACUCUGAACGAAUUGGAAGCGAAACGGCGACCGAGUUGGUUUAUCAAGGUGAAAAACUGCAGCGAGCAGAGCAGCGUUUGGACGAUAUAUCCCAGUUGCAAAAGGACAGCCAAAGGCAAAUUAACACAUUGUCAAGCGUCUUUGGUGGCAUAAAAAAUUUUUUCUCCCGCAAGCAGCCAGUGACCACUGCGCAAUUCGGUGGGUCGGGCAGUAAAGAAAAUGUGGCCCAAGAACGUCCUCCGGCGCAGACCACAGUUCAGAACAAACCAAGGACAAACACGCGGACGGACCAAAUAACGGACCGCAGCGCGGGGUCUCAGUCCGACUUCGACUCCAACUUGGUACUCAUGUCGGAUGGAGUGAGCCGGCUCAAAAACUUGGCCGAGGGCAUGAACGAAGAGUUACGUGCACAAAACGAACGUUUGGAAAGAAUGGCGCCCAGAGUGGAGGCGGUUACAGGAACAAUGGCCAGACAGAAUCAGCAGAUGAACCGUUUGCUAGGGAUCAAACCAAACUGAUGGACCAAAAGUAGACGUGCUGUUGGUUUCGCACAACAUAUCUCCCUACAUGCACACGGAAUUUAUUUUGAUUAUCAACGUUUACUUGCUGCAGUUUUUUGGGAAGAGCCAUCCCGGCGUAUCAAGUUUUUUACGAUGACGACUUGUAGGCCCUGUGAUUUUGCCAUUUAAUUGCACUCUUUCAAUCUGUGAUCCACAUGCGGUGUGUAAAUGUCACUCACUUUCGAUUGUGUAAUAUAUAACGGCUUCGAUUUUUCACCAACCGAGUGACCCAAUGACGCAUGGUUGCUAAAGCUUCA